AUGUGUUCAUCUGGGUCUGAGCGGUUGCGGAACCUCAGGGCCGUGGGAGCCAGGCGUGACCAGGAAAACUUGAGCUACAGCGGUGCAGAGUUUAAGCAAGCUAGGAGGAUAGAAUCCAGUCCUAGGGAAAGCUAUAGAAUGAGCUUGAAGCAGUGGAAAUGGAAUGAUAAGCAGCAACGGAACUUGAAAAAGAAGUUAAAUGAUUUCCUGCUACAGACUGGAGAUGACAUUCCUGUAUUCUUGGCAUGUCUGCUAGAAGAGACUCAAAGAAAAGAAGAAGAGGUGGAAACUCUACAGGACCGUGUAAAUGCAUUAGAAACGAGUACCCGAGUGGCCUUAGACCAUCUGGAGUCUGUGCCUGAGAAACUGAGCCUGCUAGAGGAUUUCAAAGACUUCAGAGAUUCCUCCAGUUUAUCUGAGAAAACUGAUGGCAGAUACUCUAAAUACAGAAUUCACAGAGAUUCUCUUCAACAGCGCCGAGAUGACACCAAAUACAGAAUCAAGAGCUUUAAAGACGACAGACCCUUUUCUGAAGGUUCCCACUAUCAUGGCCUAGAUCACUCAUCCUCUUGGCAAGAUCGCAGUUUCUUCCUGUCUAGUCCACGGUAUUCACACUUCAACUCCUUGCCAGCAUUUACCAAAAGAACCAUUGCCCAAGAUCCAGCUUCAAUCAAGGAAGAUGCCGCAAGUUUACCAGUGAACGGAACAAAUCCACAGUCCAAGAAGGAGGAAUAUGAGAGCAGAAAAUACAAAAUAUAAUUCACAACUUUACUUGAGUAUUUUGCAAAUAAUACCCUAUGGUUCUUUUUGCCCUUUGGCUCAGAUUAUCUAAAGACAUCAUGUGGCUUUGGCUCCCUGGAACUGCCCAGCAUUGACUAUCAUGGCUUUACAGUCAGUCUUUGUGAGUGAGAGUAAGUUUAGCCAGUGGAAGUAAUAUCAACUUACGAACGAUACACAGCUCACUUAGAGGCAACUCAUACCAGCAGAGAAAGCGAUCAUUUUUGCUUUGUAUUUUCCCAGUGUCACACUUUUCCAAACCAACCUUGAAUUUAUAAUUGAUGCCUUUCAAAAAUGACUGGCUGGAAGGAGGGGGAAAAAAUGUUCCCUCCAGGCAAAGGUUUAGAGUCAGGAGCAUUUGGACAUGAUUGAUUUUUAAAUACUUUCUCCCUAAUCAGUUCUCAUGUGUUGUACCAUGGCAUGGAGAUGCCUAUGUAAUAUUAGACUGCCUUUUAAAUGCUUAUCACCACUCAUCUGUUAUGGCAGCAGUCUAUUACGACACGUAGUAUCUUAAAACUAUCCCAAUGAUCAUUUUUAAUUGCAAAAGAAUUUAUAAAUGAUAGCUGAAUCAUAGAUCACUGUAAAGAAUUCACAGCACCAUUUAUUUAUUUGUCUUGUUGUGGCCAAAUGUCCUACUGUGAUCACCGCAGUCAUACCCUGGAUGAUCUUUGGUUUGCUCUGACUCAAAUCCCAGCACCGUUCCCCUGUGACAGUGGGGUUCACUCUACAAGAGUCCCUUUGUAUACUUUGGUACUACCUGACUGCUUUUUACACCCCAGCAUUUUCAACAUCAAAGUGUUUGUAAAACCUUACCGCCUUUCCAUGUUCUUCUACCAGUGAAGAAAAUUUUAUAUUCACAUGCUAAAGAAUGGUCAUCAUCCAGGAAGUGAGUCCCCCUUGGGCCAUGGUGGAAAGCCUCUGCACAGCUACAGGAACAAUAAAGCAAUCCUUUGUAAUGUA